AUGGAGUCGGGACGCGGCCCCGGAGGCUUCAGGUCCCGGGGCCCGCGGUCCCUUGGCCAUCCCCCGCGGCCCGCCCACGGGGCGCUAGGCGCGGCCCAGCCGCAGCCCGGGCCGGCCCUCCUGCCCGGCAGCAGCUGGCCCGAGGCCACUGGGAGCCACCAUGGAGGACGCGGCCCCGGAGGCUUCAGGUCCCGGGGCCCGCGGUCCCUUGGCCAUCCCCCGCGGCCCGCCCACGGGGCGCUAGGCGCGGCCCAGCCGCAGCCCGGGCCGGCCCUCCUGCCCGGCAGCAGCUGGCCCGAGGCCACUGGGAGCCACCAUGGAGGACGCGGCCCCGGAGGCUUCAGGUCCCGGGGCCCGCGGUCCCUUGGCCAUCCCCCGCGGCCCGCCCACGGGGCGCUAGGCGCGGCCCAGCCGCAGCCCGGGCCGGCCCUCCUGCCCGGCAGCAGCUGGCCCGAGGCCACUGGGAGCCACCAUGGAGUCGCCCGGCGGCCAGCCCCCCCCGGCAGCGCCCCGCCGCCCGCCCAGGCAGGGGAACGGAGGCCUCGGGGACGCGGCCCCGGAGGCUUCAGGUCCCGGGGCCCGCGGUCCCUUGGCCAUCCCCCGCGGCCCGCCCACGGGGCGCUAGGCGCGGCCCAGCCGCAGCCCGGGCCGGCCCUCCUGCCCGGCAGCAGCUGGCCCGAGGCCACUGGGAGCCACCAUGGAGUCGCCCGGCGGCCAGUCCGCCCCGGCAGCGCCCCGCCGCCCGCCCAGGCAGGGGAACGGAGGCCUCGGGGACGCGGCCCCGGAGGCUUCAGGUCCCGGGGCCCGCGGUCCCUUGGCCAUCCCCCGCGGCCCGCCCACGGGGCGCUAGGCGCGGCCCAGCCGCAGCCCGGGCCGGCCCUCCUGCCCGGCAGCAGCUGGCCCGAGGCCACUGGGAGCCACCAUGGAGGACGCGGCCCCGGAGGCUUCAGGUCCCGGGGCCCGCGGUCCCUUGGCCAUCCCCCGCGGCCCGCCCACGGGGCGCUAGGCGCGGCCCAGCCGCAGCCCGGGCCGGCCCUCCUGCCCGGCAGCAGCUGGCCCGAGGCCACUGGGAGCCACCAUGGAGGACGCGGCCCCGGAGGCUUCAGGUCCCGGGGCCCGCGGUCCCUUGGCCAUCCCCCGCGGCCCGCCCACGGGGCGCUAGGCGCGGCCCAGCCGCAGCCCGGGCCGGCCCUCCUGCCCGGCAGCAGCUGGCCCGAGGCCACUGGGAGCCACCAUGGAGGACGCGGCCCCGGAGGCUUCAGGUCCCGGGGCCCGCGGUCCCUUGGCCAUCCCCCGCGGCCCGCCCACGGGGCGCUAGGCGCGGCCCAGCCGCAGCCCGGGCCGGCCCUCCUGCCCGGCAGCAGCUGGCCCGAGGCCACUGGGAGCCACCAUGGAGGACGCGGCCCCGGAGGCUUCAGGUCCCGGGGCCCGCGGUCCCUUGGCCAUCCCCCGCGGCCCGCCCACGGGGCGCUAGGCGCGGCCCAGCCGCAGCCCGGGCCGGCCCUCCUGCCCGGCAGCAGCUGGCCCGAGGCCACUGGGAGCCACCAUGGAGGACGCGGCCCCGGAGGCUUCAGGUCCCGGGGCCCGCGGUCCCUUGGCCAUCCCCCGCGGCCCGCCCACGGGGCGCUAGGCGCGGCCCAGCCGCAGCCCGGGCCGGCCCUCCUGCCCGGCAGCAGCUGGCCCGAGGCCACUGGGAGCCACCAUGGAGGACGCGGCCCCGGAGGCUUCAGGUCCCGGGGCCCGCGGUCCCUUGGCCAUCCCCCGCGGCCCGCCCACGGGGCGCUAGGCGCGGCCCAGCCGCAGCCCGGGCCGGCCCUCCUGCCCGGCAGCAGCUGGCCCGAGGCCACUGGGAGCCACCAUGGAGUCGUGCCGCCGUGUGACCGCAUGGCCGGCCAGCCCGGCGGGACCGCACCCUCUGGCGCGCUGUGGUUGGAGCGGCUGGAGGAGGUUUGGCCUGCAGUGGUGCUGGGCGUGGGCUGA